UGUUGUUGACGUCGGCGUGACGUCACAUCCUGUUUGUGCUCUGGAAAGGAGCUGAAGGCCUGAAGCCUAAAAAAGAAAACCCCUCCAAAGUAGAUUUCAAGAAACUUAACAUCACAGCGAGAACGGUGUGGCGGAGUGUGAACUGCGGUGCUCUGUGUGUGUGUGUGCGCGCGUGUGUGUGUGCAUGUGUGGGUGAGUGUGUGUGUGUGUAUGAGUGUGUUCCUGGUUGUGAUCACUCCUGUCACUCUGGCCUGCUGAUCCUCUGACGCCUUCGCCCUCAGCUGCACACACUGACACGCAGACACACACUGAGACACACACAAACACAGCAUGAAUGAGGUUAGCGUGGUCAGAGAAGGUUGGCUCCACAAGAGAGGUGAAUACAUUAAGACAUGGAGGCCGCGGUAUUUUAUCCUGAAGAGUGAUGGGUCAUUUAUCGGUUAUAAGGAGAAACCUGAUGUGUCCGAGCCAAGCCAGCCCCCCCUCAACAACUUUUCUGUAGCAGAAUGCCAGCUAAUGAAGACUGAGCGGCCACGUCCCAAUACCUUCGUUAUUCGCUGCCUUCAGUGGACAACGGUUAUCGAGAGAACGUUCCAUGUGGACAGUAAUGCUGAGAGGGAGGAAUGGAUCCGAGCAAUCCAGGCUGUAGCAAAUGGACUGAAGACACGAGAGGAGGAAGAGCCGAUGGACAUUAACUUCAGCUCAUCAGGAGACAGCAGCAUGGAGACACCCAUGGCAAAAUCACGCAGCAAAGUGACAAUGAGUGACUUUGACUACCUGAAGCUGCUGGGUAAGGGCACGUUUGGGAAAGUAAUCCUGGUCAGAGAGAAAGCAACAGGUGUGCAUUAUGCCAUGAAGAUCCUGAGAAAGGAGGUCAUCAUCGCUAAGGAUGAGGUGGCUCACACAGUCACAGAGAGCCGGGUGCUGCAGAACACCAGACACCCUUUCCUUACGACACUAAAGUAUGCGUUCCAAACACACGACCGACUUUGCUUUGUCAUGGAGUAUGCUAACGGAGGCGAGCUGUUUUUCCACCUGUCCCGUGAACGUGUUUUCACGGAAGAUCGAGCACAGUUUUAUGGAGCUGAAAUUGUUUCUGCGCUUGAGUAUCUGCACUCACGAGAUGUCGUCUACCGAGAUCUGAAGCUGGAGAAUCUAAUGCUGGAUAAAGAUGGACAUAUUAAGAUCACAGAUUUUGGUUUGUGUAAGGAGGGAAUUACCAAUGAAGCCACCAUGAAGACCUUCUGUGGAACUCCAGAGUACCUUGCUCCAGAGGUACUGGAGGAUAAUGAUUACGGACGGGCAGUAGACUGGUGGGGUUUGGGUGUGGUUAUGUAUGAAAUGAUGUGCGGUCGACUGCCAUUCUAUAAUCAGGACCAUGAGCGGCUGUUUGAGCUUAUCCUCAUGGAGGAGAUCAGAUUCCCUCGGAACCUGUCACCUGAUGCCAAGAGCCUGCUUGCUGGCCUGCUCAAGAAAGACCCUAAACAAAGGUUGGGAGGAAGUUCUGAAGAUGCCAAAGAAGUGAUGGCUCACAGAUUUUUCUCCUCCAUUAACUGGCAGGAUGUACUGCAGAAAAAGCUCACCCCGCCUUUUAAGCCUCAGGUGACGUCAGAGACUGACACUCGCUAUUUUGAUGAGGAGUUCACUUUGCAGACCAUCACGGUCACACCGCCUGACCAGUAUGAUAGCUUGGAUGCGGAGGACACGGAUGCUCGAACUCACUUCCCUCAGUUCUCUUACUCUGCCAGUGUACGGGAGUGAAGGAGAGACCUACACAUACAUAUGCACACUCACACCAGCAAAACAGAUAUCAUUGCAACGCACACCUACACACACACUGUCUCACCAGCAACCUGGACACCAUGGUAACACCCAUUUGUACACACACACUGUUACCAGCAAACUGGAAACCGUUUACACACACACAUACACGCACGCGCACACAAACAAAUUGUCACCAGCAAAUCAAACACCAUGACAACUUGGCAACUUACUCACUGAUCAGCAGUCUGUUGACUAGUGAAGGCCUCAUUAAGCUGUGCCUGAUCCAGAUUGAUCCUCCAGGCUGUCUGUUACACUACACACACGCCUUUUAAUAGAAUGAGUCAAAGACUCAUUGUGUUGAACACCUCAGAAACAGCAAAUACUGUAUACACACACACACACACACACUCUCUUGUAUGCACGUUUUAACCGAGUUUAAAAAGAAGUAGAACUUCGGAUUGUUACAGUUUUUAAUACAGGAAAAAAAGAAAGCACGCAAGAAGCCAUCCUGCAGUGCAAGUGCCCUUUUUAUGCAUUCAGUUGUUACUGUGGUGUUUCAGCAACACAUACUGCUGAUAGAGAGAAUGUGUGUGUGUGUGUUUGUGUGAACGGUGAUGUGUGUAUGUUCUGAAUGUACAUCUUUAAGUGUGUGUUUGUGUUGAUUUGAAUCUGUACAGGACCCAUACUUUUGGGGUGGGACAGGGGGAAGGGGGGGUGGGAGUGGGAUUGCUGACAUAUAUAUGUACCCAUGCACACACAUACAGAUACAGUAGAUGUGUAAAGGGAAAAUCGCAGCCACAGCUCUGUGGAUGAGUGUGUGUGUGUGUGUGGAGUGUGUCCAUUUUCUGCACCUGUAAGGCUGUGUCAUCACUGUGUAACCCAGGGGUCUGCUACAGACGGCAGAAUUCCACACAGUACAAGCACUGGGAAGAUGUAGUCUUAGUUACAUUGGUUAGAGACACCAGAGUCGUCACUUGGCAGGUGUCGCAGAGGAAUCACUAAACUGUGCUGUGUAGGACUCUGCAGAAAUCUGCACAGCUCUACGUGACCACACCCCACAACUGCAGCCGGCCUCCUGCUGUAAAACACCCAGUCACUCAGCUGUACAAUUCUGCAGGCUUUGAUGUAAAGAGAUUUUUAUUAAAUGAGAAUUUGAAAUGUGUCUCUCUUGCUCUUCUCUCUGUCUCUCUGUUAUGCUGUUUAAUGAUCUCAGUUAGGAUGAGAGCUGAUGGGAGUGAGGUGGAGUGAGUUUUAUGUAUUUUUUUUUUUUUCUGUUUUAUUUUGCCUUUUCUGUUUGUUUCCUGAACAGAUCAGACAUUUGACAUUUUUGCUUCUUUUGUUCCUGAAAUCGUCCUGUUGAGCUCAAUAUAAAUAUAAUCUAUUCCACCAGA